CAACCAAUCACAAAGAUGGCCAUCGCGAGAGUUGCGGCUCUUUUCACGCUGCUUUUGGUUGUUCAGUUAUCGGCCAGCGCAAAUGUUAAAGGCCGUCCGGUCGCUUCGCCUGCCGUCAAGACUGCGCAGCAAGUCAAGGCUCCACAAGUUGUCGCAUCCGAUCCACUGCCUGCCAAGGUCCAACAGGAAACUGUCCAGAAAACUGUCGAACCCGUUCAAAAAGAAAAGGUGGUCGAGCCCGUGCCGGAAACGUCGGCUGACGCACCUCAGAAAGUGAACGUGGACGCAACGAAAUCAGUGGAAGACGUCAAAAAAGCCCAACUCGAUGCUGGACACCACAUCCAAGGAGAGGGGCCAUUCGUCGUCAAUGCCCAGCAAUUGCCACCUGACGUCCGUGAGGAAAUCAUGAGGCAAUUGAACACUCAGUACCGUGUCUCUCAGGAGAAGAAACAAAAGCAAAAACAACAGGCUGUUAAAGGACAAGUAGCUCAAGUGAAAAGCGAUGUCGUACCGCCAUCGGAAGAUGAAUCAUUCGAUCCUGAAUUGGCGGCCGGAAUUGCCGAACUGCUUACUCGCAUGGCCGUCGAAGAUGAGGUGGGCAACCAGUACAUCGAUUUGGAAGAACUGCCCGCUGCCCUGAAGCUCCAAGUGUCUGAAUACUUGACCAAACAGCAAAUGAUGGACGAAGAGAAGGAAUUUGAACAGGAGCUGAAAUUGCAACAACAAGCGGAGAAGGUUAAAGCGCAAGAGGCUAAUUUCGCCGGCCUUUUCAACAAGCAAACUACCAACAGUCACAUCGAUGAACUCUUGAGUAGUUUCCUGCAGGGAGCUCUCGCUGAUUAUUCCGCACCAGCAUCCGGUUAUUACCCUCUACGCUAUUCACCUUACGCUUAUCCCCAAAGACUGUCUUAUUCAUCCGGAUAUCCCCUGUAUGGAGUUUAUCCUCAAUACGGAGGUUAUCCAAGUGGAAAUCGUUACCACGGCGGUUUCAGACCUCAUUCCGCGCUAGCUGCUUAUCCGUACGCCGGUCUUAAAGCCAACUAUCCCGUCUCUUACGCUAGCCGGCCCUACGUUCCGCAAAGUUCGUUGAUGACUCGCGAACAAUUGCCGCAAUUGUUCGGCGGAUCCGUCGCAUCAAAACUUUCGCCCUUCCGCACGAUUGGCGGACCGGUGGCCGGCUUUCCACUUGCACCCAGCGAUUACGUGGAGGACCUGAAGCCCGAAGAACAGCUUAGUCCAUUGGCCACCUAUUACGCGUAUUACCGCCAGCUGUACGAGUCGGAGGCUCAACCAGUUGGUUCGAGAUACGCACAGACGUCCCGCUUCCAUCCCGCAGAUUUCGCCGUCCAACAGCCCAGGCCCUACGUCAAUUACAAGUUCCGUCGCUAUUGAAUCAUUUAAAUCGAUUGGUAGGGGGUGGAGAGUGUUCAUCGAUUAUUUAUAUUUGCCGGGAAUACGAAUUGAAUGUAAUUGGGGGGAUGAUUGAUUUAAAGGGGCUCAAGUUUGUGUGCAGUGACAAUAAUAUUUACACGUUUUCAUAUGUUAAACCAUUUUCGUUUGGUCAAUAUACAAAAUGUUGAAACAA